AUGGCAGAUGCAUAUGAUACCGCGGCCAUUGUCACAAUACCCUGUUUCACGAAGACCAGUGGCCUCCGCAUCCGCACAUCCCUGGUAUACAUCCAGCCUUGGCUACGCCAUGGACGCAUGCAGACACAAAGAACGCGACAACCAAAGAGACGCUACAAGCCCGGCACCGUCGCCCUGCGCGAGAUCAAACGAUACCAGAAAUCUACCGACCUUCUGCUGCUGAAGUUGCCCUUCCAGCGGGUAGUCCGCGAGGUUGCCCUAAGCGUCUCGCGUAUCGAUGGCCCAUUGCGCUGGCAGAGUCAAGCUAUCGUGGCAUUGCAAGAAGCGAGCGAAGCCUUCCUAGUAGGCCUGUUCCACGAUGCCAACCUUUGCGCCAUUCACGCCAAGCGCGUCACGAUUCAGCAGAAGGACAUUCAGCUUGCGAGGCGGUUGAGGGCGGCCUGGGGCGCGCCUGUGUGA